GUUAAGUCAGUCGUCAGUAGCGAUAGGAGUAAAACGAGUGAAAAGUAUUUUUACUGCUGCGUGCGUGCAAAACACACAGCAAGGAAUCGGGCGAUAAAAGUAGUUUUUCGCCAUUGCAAAUCGUUAUCAGGAUACCAAACGCAUUGUGAGCUGGUGGUGACCUCGGAAAAGGGACCUUCCGAUACCCCUGAUCGGCUAGUGCGCCGUUUCUAGUUGUCCCCCACCAGAUUGAAAUAAAAAACGAAAAGACGAGAUAGUGUCCAAUUUGGUGCGUUUUUUCGCUGGUGGCAAGAAGAAGAGAAGAACAGCAGGAAGAAAAAGAAGCAAGAGUAAAAUUUUCUGCAGCAGCUGUACUCACACAUACAGAGUAGAAUAAUUCAGUGAAACAUCGCCAUUACACAAUACAUCGAAAUACCGUAGGUAGAUCGGCGUGUGUGGAUUUUUAAUAAUAGCAGCAGGGCGGACGUGUUGUGUUCUCCAGGAGAGUUCGUCGAGGUGUCAUUUCGUAGUUAUCCGCCACACAAAUUGAAAGGUCGAAAGCAGCGAUGCAUAUAAACAAUCCGGAUGCGUUGAAGACGUGGCUGACGGAGGUCCUGGAACCUCUGUGUGACGCAGAUCCGGGAGCAUUGGCUCGGUACGUGUUGGCGCUGCUUAAAAAAGACAAACCCGAAAAAGAUCUGCGGGACUGCAUGAAAGAACAGCUGGAUGUUUUUCUCGCUCACGAAACGGAACCAUUCUUGGAACGGUUAUUCAGAUCGAUCAAAAGUGAGGAUUAUAUCAAAAUAGUGCAAGCCAAAGAGGCAGCAGCAGCAGCUGCAGCGGCAGCGAUAGCCGUAGUAGAAGCUGCGGCUGCGGUGCAACAGCAAAAUACCAGCUCCAUUGGAACGGCACAGUCACAGCCGUCGGCAACCCCUGAUGAUACAAACAACAGCAGUUCCAAAGUUCGUAUCAAAAGAGAAUUCACACCACCUCUGCACGAAAACAACAAUAGCAACGGUAAAUCAUCAAAAGAUGCAUCGGCUGGAAUUGUUUCCUCCGGGGAAAAAUCUUCGGUCACUUCCAGUACCAACAAUAACAACAGUGUAGUGCACGAAAUCGGCAAUGAACUAUCAAGUAGUGCCAACAGUGGAGCAAUUCCGACACCGGCCGCCAACAACAAUCUAGUUUCCAGUCAGAAUUCAUCUAAUGCUAGCGGCAAAAUUCCGAUCAAAAGUUCCAAUAACAAGGACGAACAUAGCAAAGAAAGUCGCAACCGUGGCCGCCGGAUAUCGAACCGUUCCCGGUCCCGGUCCCGUUCACGUUCCUUCGAACGAUCGCGCGAAUCUCGUCGAUCCCGCUCACGUGAUCGUGGACCCCUCCGAGGUGAAUCCAACCGGGACAAGGCGAACCGUCAGUACCGUAGUAACAAAUCGCCGCUUGGCCGUGGUGGUGAAUCGUUCCGUAAUCGGUACGACCGUAAGAACCAUGGCUAUGAAAACCGACGUGGAGGAGGAAGCGGCGGUGGUGGCGGCGGUGGUAACUCCGGCGGUGGUAGUUCGGGAGCAAGUGGGGGCGGUGCUAGCCGCACGGUAAACAGAAGUCAGUCCGGAAGUCGAUCACCUUCGCCGGUGGUUGAUCGUAGAAAAAUGGCAAGAUCCGAAUCGCCGGUUACGGCGGCUGCGGCGGCGGCGGCAUCGGCUGCCGUGCCUGCUCCUGUGAUGGAUCACACACCCAGUGCUGAACCAGGGCCUUUGAAUGCGAAAAGGCAGCGCUGCAGGGAUUUCGACGAGAAGGGCUACUGUAUGCGAGGUGAAACGUGUCCAUGGGAUCACGGCGUAGAUCCGGUGGUUUUGGAAGAUAUCAACAAUCCUGCACUGAUUACGAUCCAAUCAGCAGCCCAGAUGCGAACGGGACCGAUCCAUCCAGAGUACAGUCCGGACGCACCGGAACUGUGGAACAGACCACCGAAUUUCCCUCCUGGACGUCCUUCGAUUGCACAGAGGCUGGGAAACAUUGCCGGAGUUCCCGGGUUUGGACCGCGAGGUGCGUUGAGUGGGUCUUUUCGAGGUGUGGCACCUGGUUUCCCCACCGGUUUUCCAGGUAAUCCCAUCGGAGCCACUCCGUUGCAAAGAGAGCUAAUUUCUGUUCCUGUUGUUGAUGCGAAUAAAGGUGGAGACGUUUCGGCUCAACAACCCAAGCGCAGGUUCGAACCAGAGGAUGCCGUUGCGGUCGCUGAUGCCCAUAUGAAGCGAAAGAUCCCAAUGAAUAACCGAUUAGGUCCACGAGUGACUGGUCACCCGGCUGGCAAUGGAGGCAUUGUCAACCCACAGCAUAACUGUUCUUUAGAGUUGAGGAAAAUUCCGCGUGGUUUGAAUGCAAUUGCUCAUCUGAAUAACCACUUCUCCAAGUUUGGAAAGAUUGUCAACAUUCAAAUUAGCUAUGACGGAGAUCCAGAAGCGGCCAUAGUGACAUUCUCAACGCACGCCGAAGCAAACGUGGCUUACCGAAGCACCGAAGCAGUGCUGAACAAUCGUUUCAUUAAAGUAUUCUGGCAUUCGUCGCCGGUCGGUGGAGAUCAGCCUGCAAUUACACCAGGCGCAAAGACAGAGCAUUCACUGCGUAGAUCAUACCCGAAUCAGUACAGCAUCAAUAACAACUUGAACAUCUCAUCGGCUGCAACAACACCUACAUCCGCAGCCCCAACUGUUUCCAAGGAUGGAACACCAAUUGCUGCCGCUAUCACUUCUGCAGCAACUUCCAUGGCAAGUGGUGGCGAGAAUGUAGCCCCUACUAACACGGUAGUAGCCACUCAUUUAACCACCGCUACAAAACUGAUCAACACGACUACCACCCCGAUCGUUACGGCUAAUCAACUCCGUAUGAAGCAUGCUGCUAAGAUCAAUCACGCCAAGUCCGAUCUUAUGAGGAAGACUCAGGAAAUUACUCAAGGACUACGCAAGCGAAAGUACGACCUUUUGCAGGGCUACCUGAAGGAACUGCGAACGUUGGUGAUGAUGGUCGAAAAGUUCGAAGCGCAUGAUCCAAGCCGUGCCAAGCUGCUCUCCUCGAUCAAAGAACUGGAAGGUAAGAUCGACAAACUGAAGGCGGAAAUUGCCAGUGAUCAGUCUCAAAUCGUGGCUCAAGUAGCUCCCAAACGCAAGACUAAGGAACAACACGAGAAAGAGAUCCUGGAUGCGGAGUUGGAGCUGAUUGCCCAAGAACAACGUACUCAUCGAGUUCCGGGAUCAGGAAAUGCUCCUACCCCGGUAGUGGUCAGUGGUGCAGCCCCUGUCAGCAAACCUCAGUUGUAUGGUCCGCAAGGUGUUCGCGCGGUUCGAGCUACCAAUCGAGUUGCUCCACUUGGUUCGACCAGCGUUGACCGACGUCCAACUACGAUCGCCAUAACUGGAUUUUCCCUGGAAGAUGCCGAUGCCCUGCUUGGACAUUUCAAGCAUUUCGGAGAGAUUACCAAGCAUCAGCUGGAAGAAACGGUGCCAUCGCUGUCGAUCACUUACUCGAUUCGCCAGAAUGCGGAGAAGGCGCUUGUUCGCGGAAAGAUGUUCCGGGACAUAACCCUGCAGAUUGGGUGGGCUGUGAUCAACAACACUAACAUCAAAAACAACGCAACCCCAGUGGGAGCUCAAGUUGUUACAACAGAAAGCAAGGAAAAAGCUUCCCCGGUUGAGAAUGCUUCCGAAGCGGACGGAUUGAGUAAGGUCGCAGCAGAUACCGCUGAAAAGAUGGAUGAGGCAGUUGGUGAAAAUGCUGGCACUGUUGUUGGGGCGGAAACCACCUCCUCAGCUGCAUCGAUGGACACGCUGAACGAAACGGCCUCUAUGGAAGAAACUUCCGAAGUACAGUUGGUCGAAGAGGAGGAAGAGGAAGAGGACAUGGAAUCGGAGGACCGUUCCUGGCGCCGUUGAUAAUCGCUACCGUGGCCAUCACUUGUGGGAGAAUCAGUAGCAGAGACAGAAAGCAGUUAACUGAAUUGAAAUAUUAACUUUUAUUUCACUUUUGUCAUUACCGUUUAAGUGGAUUUUGUUCUCUUCGAAUGUAGCAAGUAAGAAUUCUCCACUAAGAAAAGUGUUUUUUUUUUUUUGUUAUUUACCUUUGUAGUCGAAUGUUUUGUGACGUUUGGAAUUGUUAGAUCUGUCGAACGGAAUUUCGAUUCUCAGAGCUGAGAUCAUUAUUCGAUCAGGAAUGUUUCCCAACCCACAUUGAACUACAAACAUUAGGUUAGAUUGUAUUGUUCAAAGUCCGUUAAUUGAAACCCAUUUUUAAGCAGAUAACUUAUUAAGUCAUGUGACUGUUCGAACAGAACCAAAAUUAUUAACUAUGAAAGUUUUAUUUCGAUAAUGGGCACGCUUCGAACCGCGCGGAUUCUAGCGGCUUUCAAACUACAAACAAAACGAUGAUAGUUUUAUCGAGAAAAGUCUAGUAAUUAACUAUUAAUUAAUUAUCAAAAUAAAAAAAUAAAAUCUAUACACACACCUAUAGAUGAAAAAGCUAUAAGAUAAUACAAGAAACAAAUAAUAAACAUAAGGUGUACAUACAGUGAUUUGUAAUCCUAGAACAACCUAACGAAGGAAGGGAAAAUUAAUUUAAUAUAUUCAAAACACAAAGAAACAAGCGAUUAGGACCUUGAAGAAAUUAUUUAAACCUUAACCAACGUGGAAGGAUUGAGCGCCAUCGUCCCCAUCCGGAUGUCAUCACACAGAGAGGGCCGACCUGUUCGAGCUGGCUGUAAAUCUUCUUGCGAGCGUGCUGGCAACCCUUGACUCUGGACCAUCGAAUUUUGUUUUCUUCUGUGUUCUUCUGUUUCUUGUAUUUCUUACAGACGAGAUAACUGCAGCACACAGCACGCACCUUGUGUGGUUCGACUCGGCGACGUGGCUGCAGAUAGUAGCUGCUGCAAGCUCAUCAGUACCUAAAACUGUCGUAGUUGAUAAGAACAUAAAAAGCUGUUAUCAAUGAUGUAGAAAUGUAAGAGAUAGGACACUUGGCUCGGACAGAGACCAUAAAAAAGAAUUAACGAACUCUGAACAAAAAAAAAAAUACUAUGCCGAAAAAAGAAUGCAAAAAAAAGAAAGCAAAAAACAAAUUACUCAAAAAAAAAACGAUGGUAAAACAGAGUAAAACUUGCACGGUCGGCACAUUAACAAGAAGGUUUACGAGUGAUAAUGAAAAAAAUAAAGUUGAUUUCAAAAGAUGAAACAUUGCGAAAACUCGUACACAGAGUCCAAGAUAGCUAUAAACAUAAAA